AUGAAGGUGACGCUGUGCCUCGGUCUCAUCCUCGCCCUCGCAGUGACCGCCUGCCUGUGCCGGCCAGCAGCAGAGGCACCGGGUGCCUUGGGGGACCCCCACCAGCCCCCCCCCAGCCUGGUCCGGCGGGACUGGCCCAAGGACCUGUCCCAGGAGCAGCAGCACCUCUUGUCCCAGUUCCUGCCCCACGUCCUCGCAGAGCUGAACAAGCACAAGGCCUUUGUGCACGGGGAUGAGGGGAUGGAGGCUUUGCAUGACCACUACUACCCCGACUGGAUGGACUUCGGCCGCCGCAGCGCUGAGGACGAGGCUGGUGCUGUGUAG